UUUCUGUCCGAAAAAAAGUUAAUGAGGGCACCAAGCUCGAUUUAUCAUCGAGCAGGAGGAAAGCUUGCACAUAACUGAAAAGCCGGAAGGUGAGGAUGCACGUGGGAUGAAGAGCUCAAGCGAGUGACCAUGUGGAUAAAAGUUCAUGCGCGCUUAUCAUCAGUCGUUGCACGAGAAAGAAGAAGAAGAAGAAGAAGAUGGCUUCAAUGGGGUCGCCCUUCAAGAUAAUAUUGGGUUCGUCAUCCAUGGCUCGCCGGCACAUUCUAGCCGAAAUGGGAUACGACUUCACUGUCAUGACUGCAGACAUAGACGAGAAGGCUAUAAGGAAGGAGAAGCCCGAAGACUUGGUCACGGCUUUAGCUGAGGCUAAGGCAGAUGCUAUCCUCUCCAGGCUCCAGAAUGUGGAUUCUUUUGUGGAGGAUGUCCACACAACCCUCUUAAUUACUGCUGACACAGUGGUGGUAUAUGAAGGAAGGAUCAGGGAAAAACCGUCCAGUAAGGACGAAGCACGGCAUUUUAUUGAAGAGUACUCUGGUGGUCGUGCAGAUGUUGUAGGAUCCGUACUUGUAACCAACCUGAAGACAGGAAGGAGGGAAGCGGGAUGGGAGCGAGCAGAGGUAUACUUUUAUGACAUACCAGCUCAGGUUGUCCAGAGUCUGAUUGAUGAGGGAAUUACGCUCAAUGUCGCUGGGGGUUUGAUGCUUGAACAUCCUCUCACAUUGCCUUUCGUAAAAGAAGUGAUUGGGACUGAUGAUACUGUAAUGGGACUCCCUAAGUCUCUCACAGAAAGACUCAUCCAGGAGGCCCUAACUUGACCUUAAAUCGAGGUAUGUCUGAAACCAGAACGAAAAAUGCUGAAAUCAGAAUCAUCUGGCACCUUAUUCGUUGCUGAGUUGACGUUAAAUGUUGUCAUGAGCCAAAUGUAGAAACCCACCAAGGCAUCAAACACGGGAUCGAAAUAAUUGCUGCUAUCUGAUUUUUUUUGUUUUCCGGAGUUGCUAACCAAGGUCAUGGUUAGAUACAGUUAAUCUUUCGGUCAGGAAAAGAUCGUGUUGCACCUGUAUCAUUGCCAGGAAGGUGGCAAUGAUAAUUGAGCUUAGAUGGUAUCAUUAUGUCUCAAGAAAUGUGAAAGUUUUGUGCAUUCAUCACAAAGUGUCAAGAAUGAACAGUCAUAAUUUCUAGAUACUGUUUAAUGAGA